AUAUGUUAAGCAAUAGCCCUGGUUUUUUGUAAUCCCAUCAAAAUGUCUCUGGUCCUUGAUGUUAUCCAACAAGUUGUGUUGCAGAAAGCUUACGAUCUAACAUGCGAAGCAGCCAUUUUAGCCUUGAGAAAGUGUGGCAAACUGAAAAUAGAGGAUGAUAAAUCGAAACCAAAGCAUGGAAAGCCUAUGCCUCCUCUAAAGCCUAUUUCCCCGGAAGUGGUCUUACCAUUGAAAACAGCCCGGCUUCCCGAGGCUGCAACCAUUCCCAAAUAUACGGGACGGGAUAUGCCUCGAAAAAACUUUGGCUCCAUCGAUCCUCCCCAGUGCUCCUGCAUGCGUGUGUGCCGUGAUAGCUACUUCUCUUAGACUAAAAACAACGCUUAAAAACAAUUGCAACUUUAAUAGAAUAGAAAUAGCAAAAUUUCAAGGGACCUCAGGCAUCAAAUCUCAUUCCAUUUUGUAUCCGUACAAUUAUCAAAUGUAACACUAAUAACAGAUUUUGGUAGCAACUAA